AACAAUUCUCAACAACUAACUUUAUUCUCGAAAUGGGGUAGAUUCCGAAUUUUGUUUGACCCCUUCUUUCUAACUUCAAUAAUAUAGAAAGGGAGUGUAGUUGUUGUUUGGUUUCUACUCUCACUCUCUAUCACAGUUCACAGCCACAAUUUCUUCUUCAUCUCUCUCAUAGGUUCUGAGAAGAUGGGUUCGGCGCUGCUGUGGAUCUCGACAAUGGCGCUCUUUACAGUGUCGGUGGCUGCUACAGUCCACAAAGUCGGCGACUCUGCUGGUUGGACAACUCUCAUCCCCGUCGAUUAUGCCAAAUGGGCUUCUUCCAAGCAAUUCCAUGUCGGCGACUCUCUCCUGUUUAAAUACAACACCGAGUUUCACAAUGUACUGCAAGUGACUCAAGAGCAGUUUAAGUCCUGUAACUCAUCUUCUCCGGUGGCGUCGUACAACUCCGGCGCAGAUUCCAUCGUUUUAAAGAGACCUGGAACCUUCUAUUACCUGUGUGGCUUCCCAGGUCACUGUCAAGUGGGUCAGAAAGUCGAAGUUAAGGUCACUGCAGGUUCCUCCUCUGCAUUAAUUGGUCCUGCAUCAGGCCCAGGCCCAAGCCCAAGCCCAAGCCCAAUGGGCCCAUCUGGUUCUGCUCCAGCGCCAAGCGCUGCUUCCACUAUUUCCUUCUUCUUCUCUGUGAUUUGCGUCCCUGUGGUUACUUUGUUGUACUGUGUGUGUGUUUGAAUUUCAAUGCUUCUUCCACUUGGGCUGUGCGUUCUGGCUUAAGUUAUGUAUUAGUACUCUGAAUAUUGGACCUAGUUCUAAUGAUGUUGUUGUUUCUUUGUUUGUACUAAUCAUAUGAACAUCCCCUUUCUCUUCUUUAUAUUUCUCA